AUGGAUUUACUAAAUUUUCGCAUAAAAGACAUCAAGAACGUUACUGUUGAUCCCCAGGAGGAUGAAGCAGAAUUGAUGAAGAAAAGAUAUGAUUACGUUUGCAGAUGUGUUCAGUAUCAUUUGGAAUGUAUUGAAUUUGUAGAGGGCGUGCAAUAUGUAUACAAGACAGUUCUGGCGAUAGAAUUAACAGUUUUUACACUUAUGUUGACUUCUACGGUUUUAGGAUCGACAUUGUUACCCUUCGGAAUGGAACUGAUAAUAAAUAUUGGUUUCGGAACUUGUUACUCUUUGAUAGUCGUCGCUACAUACUGGAUGGCAAAUGAAAUAAUUUUGAAGAGUGCCGACGUCGCGAUUUCUGUAUACAAAACACCAUGGUAUGAAUACGACAUUAAAACAAGAAAAGCACUUAUGCUCAUUCAAAUGAGAGCUAAGAAGCCUUUGAUUUUGAAAGCUGCAAUGAUACAUAUUAAUUUGGAUACUAUGAUCCGAGUAUAUCGAGCUACUUAUUCGGCUUAUACUGUUCUUCGCCAGAUGAAUAAUUAA